AUGAAAGCCUUCCGAACGACAUCCCUUCUUGCUCGACAGAGCCAAGCACCGCUCGUUUUCAGUCGGAGCCCAUACUUGAGGCGGUACCGGUCGACAGUGUCCAACGCCAAGCCUGAUGUGUCAAUCGUCGAAGUCGGACCACGGGAUGGCCUUCAAAAUAUCAAAACACAAGUUGACACCUCUAUCAAGAUCGAGCUCAUCCAGCGCCUAGCAGCCUCGGGUCUACGCACGAUAGAAGCAACAUCUUUCGUCGCACCAAAAUGGAUACCUCAACUGGCCGACUCGAAGGAGGUGAUGCAGCACAUUGUGGCCUCUGGGAUGCAGAAGUCGAUCAACUUUCCCGUGCUUGUGCCGAACCUGAAGGGCUUUGAGGGAGCUGCUGCUAGUAAGGCCCAAGAGGCGGUGCUCUUUGCGGCUGCUUCUGAGGGCUUCAGCCGGAAGAACACUAAUUGCUCGGUGGAGGAGGCGCUGACGAGAGCGGAGGAUGUGGCCAAGGCGUGUCUUGCUCAGGGUAUACGUGCUAGAGGUGUGAUUUCGUGUAUCUUUGCAUGUCCGUACGAUGGACCAACAGACCCUGCAAAAGUGCUUUCGGUCGCUAAACGCUUCCUCGAAAUGGGGUGCUAUGAGGUUGGGCUCGGGGACACGUUGGGCAUCGGCACUGCUGCGGAUACUGAGAAGCUCCUGCGAAUACUACUGUCAGAAAUUCCCGCCGACAAGUUGGCCGGCCAUUAUCACGACACAUAUGGGCAAGCUGUAGCAAACGUCAUCAAAUCGUAUGACAUGGGCUUGCGAACAUUUGACAGCUCUGUCGCCGGGCUAGGUGGCUGCCCUCAUGCCAAAGGAGCAACCGGCAAUGUCGCAACCGAAGACGUCGUAUACAUGUUCGAGAGGGCUGGCGUUGCGACUGGCGUCGAUCUCCAACAAUUGUCUGAGACUGGUGACUGGAUAUCGAAGCAGGUUGGCCAGAAGAACGGUAGCCGGGCUGGAUCAGCUCUCGUCGCAAAAGGUCAAACAAAACCAGCGGCACCCCCAUCAUCGACAAAGGUAGAAGCCGCUUCGCCCGAGUGGAGGGUUGAGUCUGACGACGGCGAGCUACGUGUCUCUCGAGCUGGGAAUGUUGUCAAGGUCACAUUGACCCGAACACGCAAUGGCAACGCACUGAGCAAUUCCAUGGUCGAAGGCGUGACAAAUCUCUACAACACGUUGGCCAAGGACCCUACCGUCUUCCAGAUCAUACUCAACGCAGAAGGGAAGUUCUUCUGCACUGGCAUGGACCUGAGCUCGUCAGGAAGCAGUGCCUCUGGCGACCAAGCUGUUAAAGACGACUACUACAACAAAGUCGAAGGCCUGUUCGUCUCCAUCAUGAACUCUCCACAGACCACGAUCGCGGUAGUAGAUGGACUCUGCUAUGGCGGUGGUGUAGGUCUGGCAUUCGCCUGCGACGUCCGUCUCGUCUCGCCGAAAGCACGCUUUACGAUGACGGAGAUCAAGCUUGGUUUGAGCCCGGCAACCAUCUCGCGACAUAUGAUCCGCGAAUGGGGGAUCUCCUUCUCAAGAGAAGCAAUGCUCAGCGGACGGACCGUCACGCCUGAAGAGCUGAAGGGCAUUGGUGCUGUUCACGGCAUUGCCAGCUCCGCAGAAGAUCUCGAACGGCUAUUGAAUGAGUACUUGCAAGGACUUCGCAACUGCGCUCCAAAGUCUGCUGCGGCUGUGAAGGAGCUUGUGAGACUCGGUUGGAAUGAUCCCGGUGGAGAGGAGCAGACAAAGUAUGUCAAGCAUGUGUUCGAACAGAUGAUGGUGCCUGGAAGUGAAGGCGAGCAUGGUAUGGCACAGUUCCGGAAGAAAAAUAAGAAUGUCGAUUGGGGACAUUUCUGGUCGUCGAAGCUGUCUGCUUGA